AUGAUGGUAGAAGAUAGAUUGAGCAGCUUGCCAGAUGAGCUUAUUCAUAAGAUUCUGUUUUGUUAUGACAUGAAAUUUGCUGUUCAGACAUGUUUGUUGUCAUCAAGAUGGAAGCUUGUCUGGACAUUGUUGCCCUGUCUCUACUUCUCAAGUCGGGAGUUCCGUACUUUACAUAAGUUUGCCGAAUUUGUGACUCAUGUUCUGUCUCAUCGCAACCAUCAAAUAGAAGUGUCUUCCGUAAAGCUACAUUUCUAUGGAGCUGCUAAUAAGGAUUUUGUGAGAAAGAUUGCAAACUAUGCAUUUUCUCACAAUGUUCAAGAACUAACUGUCUCUAGUUCGUGCUCAAAUAGCCGCAAAGUUUACCCUUCUUGCCUAUUUAGGUCUCAGUCUCUUAAACAUUUCACAAUGACUUGCAAUUAUAUGCAACUUUGCACUACUAAAACUGGAGCACCUUUGGAUUUUCCAUCUUUAACAACUUUGAAUCUCAGUUACAUCACAUUGUCGGGUGAUCUUUUCUCCAAGUGCGUAAACUUAAAGAAUCUCACUUUAGAAUGGUUCACCAUCAAGGAUGUGGAAGUAUUUGACAUCAUUACACCUCGUCUUUCUAAUCUCAUGCUUAUCCAUGGCAGACGUUCGAUAACAAUCAAUGUGAAUGCACCUCGACUUGAGAAUCUCACAAUAAGCAAUUGCUAUUUCAGUUCCUUGAAUGCUCCACCAGGACUUUCAUCUUUGUGCUACACAUUUCAGCUGUCGCCUUGUAGUUUUGUGCGAUUCUCUAAUGAUCAGUUUCAUUCUCUAAACGAAGUGACUAUCUGUUUGUCUGACUGUUAA